AUGAGAAACUCACGAAAGCCCUUGGGCUUUACAGCAACUGCAGAGAUAGCCAAUCUUAACGAACCUCACAAGCCGCACGAGAAUGCGAUAAAGGCUUUCAAUGACGUUCUUGACAAGAUCAAGGAGGACGUUAUCACAUCUCGUCACCGCUGGAACAAGCACGAGCCCAAGAUGUGGUCUCGCGCUGGCCACCUGACCGACGCGCAGUUGACUUCGUUCACCAUUGAGGAGCAUCUCGUUGAGAUCCGCAGCGGAUACGUGAGUUACGGCACCAUCAUCUUUGGGAAGAUCAAGCUCCCCGCUGUGAACGAUGAGCUCGGUGAAGGAUUCCUUCACGUUCGGAUUCACGAUCCGGGUGAAGAACAGGUCUUGUUCCAUUCCAUCCACCACAUUGAAGGAAAGAGGGAUGAGGAUGGUCAUCCUCAUCUGUGGCGUGCCAUCAUGACUGCGGAUACCCCGCUCGAAUUCUUUGAGCAAUAA